CCCUCUCUCUCCCGAGCAUCCUGGCUGUGCUACAACACCGCCAUCAUCAAGCCUGUGGAUGCUGCCUUGCCCUGCUUUGGGAGAUUGGUGUGUUUAGUGAAUCGCUGCAGACUGGCUUCACCAAGAGGAUUAAGGGAUUUUUUCCCCUGCCCUUAUUGCAUCCAUCAGACUGAGCCACACGGCCACGGCCAGCCUCUGAACCGCUCUCUGUGUUGUUGUGCUCAAAGCCGGGAAUUGGAUUUCUGAGUUGGGAGACCUGCCAUGCCGAACUGGGCGCUCUCACUUUUUCUGAGACUCUCUCCGUGGACUAACUCUGACCGCCGCUUUUUAUUUGCUCCGUUUCUUGUCAGCCUGUCUUCAUCGGGGCUUCUGCUGCCUGAGGAGUGAUGGAACUGAAGUGCGCCGCAGCCGCAGCUUGUGCUUUAUAGUCUCCGUACACGCGGCGUUGUGUUUGGACUCUUCUUUUAAAAGACUUUGGAUUGCUGGCCGAAGCCCGGCUGUGCUGUCAUACUGCCUGAGAGAUGUUAUGGUCUCCGAAGCUCUCCCUCACUAACAUUCACGUGCGUCUGACCGCCAAAGGUCUGCUCCGAAACAUCCAGCUGCUGUCAGGAUGCAGGAAGAACACCGUGGUCUUCCAUGCAGUGGACAAGAACAAAUCCAAGGCCGGCUCCCGCCAGCAGCCCCCUCCGCCGCCGGCGUCCAAACCGAGCCAGAGUAACCGACCCCCGGAUUCGGUGCCACCAGCAAGCGCUGCCGAGGAUGAGAGGAAGGGACACAUCAUCCAGCAGCUCAGAGGACUCCUGGCUGCCAGUAACCGCAGAUUCGAGGCCGUCGCCAUCGUCCUGCAGCAGAGUCUGGCUCAGCGUGAUGAAGCCGCCAAGCAGAGCAGGGAGCUGUCCCAGGAGCUGGUCAGCCUGCAGGGAGAGCUGGCCUGCUCCGUCAACUCAUCGGAGCGCCUGGAGAAGGAGAAAGAGGGGCUGCGAGCCUCUCUGGAGGACGCGCUGCACCGAGUGCAGGAGCAGCACCAGAAGGACCUGGCCGAGCUGGAGCAGAGGCUGCAGGCCUUCUACCAGGCCGAGUGGAACAACACGCACCGGGCCUACCAGGACGAGGCCGACAAGUGCAGCACGCUCCUGCAGCAGCAGAUGGGAGAGCUUAAAGCCAAACAUGAAGCCAUGAAGCAGGACCUGGAGCAGAGCCACGAGGAGCAGCUGCAGUCUGUGAAGCAGCAGUACGAGAACUCGCUGGACGAGCUCCGACAAGUUCAUUCUGAGGAGCUGCAGUCUCUGAAGAAAACCUUACAGGAUGCCGAAGCCUCUUUGUCUCGACGGAUUGAAGAGCUGACGGAGGAGAACAGCGCCCUGACGGAGAAGCUGACUGCAGAGGAGAACCGGCGGAAAGAGCUGGCCCAGAAGAGCCAGAAGGACUCUCACACUGUGUACCUGGAGCAGGAGCUGGAGAGCCUCAAGGUGGUGCUGGAUAUUAAAACCACGCAGCUGCACCAGCAGGAGAAGAAGCUGAUGGAGAUCGACAAGCUGACGGAGAGAAAUAUGCAGCUGGACGAGAUCCUGAAGAAGGUCCAGCAGGAGAACGAAGAUCUGAAAGCUCGCAUGGAAAGACACGCCGCCCUCUCCAGGCAGCUGUCCACGGAGCAGGCCAUGCUGCAGGAGUCCCUCCAGAAGGAGUCCAAGGUCAACAAGCGUCUGUCCAUGGAGAACGAGGAGCUGCUGUGGAAGCUCAACAACAACGACCUGAGCAGCCCCCGCAGGGCGUCGCCCACCUCCUCCUCCGCCUCGCCCUCGCACUCCUUCAGCCUGCAGUCGCCCCGCGGCUCCGGCCUGUUCUCCAGCCCGCCCGUCUCCCCCAGAUAACGACGGCGUCUCUGCUUCCAGGAAGCAGAACCGUCCCGCCGGGGCCGGAUGGACUCGUCCACGUUGUGUACAGGGAAACUACUGACUGGAAAAUCAACUUUGCACAAAGCACUUCUGCGCCAGGCCGACUCGCAUCUCGCCUUUAGUUUCUGGUGGCGGAUGAAGGAAAAGGGCAUCUCAGGACUUUGCUGUUGAACAUUUUGUCGUCGCCGUCGGAGGCCGUUCGUCCCAGACGUGCAGUAUGGAAGCCAGGAGACUGGGUCCCCGCUCAGGGUGGUGUGAUUGUUUUAACUGUGAGGAAUGUGCCGUUUCUCCCCCCGGACUCCUGCAGCAGCGGCUCAGAUCCUCCACUCGUCACCAAACGCUCCUCGUGCCUCCGGAGGCCCGUUCCCCCGCCUGCAGCUCUCCACAGGCCUCUCCUGGAUCCAGCUUUUAUUUUUUUUAACCCCCCCCCCUUAUGCCUGUAUCGAUAGUUUAGGAUCACCUGUGGCCUCAAACGUUUGUUUUCAUGUUGAUCUGUUGUUUUGACCGCGGGACCAAUCCGGGUGUUGAUGCAUGUGUUCCAGUCCCGUCCCUCCACCGCAGCUUUAACGUUCACAGGAAGCAGCUUCGCUCGGAUCUCGCUUCCGGUACAUUUAUUUUGUGUGGAAGUUAUAUUGCUAAAUGUGUUGAACCUGUUUCAAAUAUGCAAUUAAUAAAGUCUUGUAUAAAAGCUC